AGAGUCGCAGCUCAGUGACAGAAACACUGAGCCUGUAACAGCCUCUGUUGGAGCUGCAGCGGUGAUGUUUUGACUUUUACAACCGUGUUUGACAGUUUCCGUGUCCGACACUAGAGAAGGAUGGACGAGCUGUCGGCGUGUUGUCGCCUCCGGUUCCGCUCCCAACAACUUUUAAACACUCGUUAACUUGCGUACAAGUUACUCAGACGUGCUUAAAACUCUUUUAGCGGAGCAACAAGCACAUGACAGCUCAGAAAUUAAGACGGCGCUUCACUUUUGCUAACUUAUUAGCCACGUCAAGCUAACACACGGAGCAGACGAGUAAGAUUCACCAUAUCCGCUCCGCUGACUGUCAGCGUAAAACACACCAGAGCCACUCUGUGAGACGCGGCUUUUAUUUUGAAAACUGAAAAACCCGCUGUCCUCGCUUUUAUCGCGUGAAGCUUGACACUAGUGCAAGUGCUGUAGUUGGACGUAUUUUGCUUCGUUUUCUGGUGGACGCUGCGGUUUUCAAGCGGCUUUGAGGCUCCAGCUCGGACUCGUACUUUGCCAGGUGUUCUUUAUUGGCCCUCGGCUGUAAUAUGUCGGCCGUGUGUCGAGUUUUCUAGGAGUCUCGGGGAAAGAGUCGUCGUCUGUCGGGGCCUGUUCGGGUUAUUUCCAUCACUGCCGCUGGCUAACAAGUCCCUAAACAGAAAUGUCACUGGAGGACUAUGAAAGACAUUUCGACUCGCUAAAUUCGGAUUUGGGCGGCGGGUCCGUGGUCAGCGAGCGGUCGGCUUCGGGCACAUUUAAUGGCGAAGAGGAGAAGUUGCAUUACAUUCCUAUCCGGAUCCUCGGGAGGGGGGCGUUUGGUGAAGCCACUCUGUACAGACGGACGGAGGACAACUCUCUGGUGGUAUGGAAGGAGGUGGACCUGAACUCGCUCUCGGAAAAGGAGCGCAGAGACGUCAUGAACGAAAUCAGCAUCCUGUCCAUGCUGGAGCACAACAACAUCAUCGCCUACUUCAAUCACUUCAUGGAUAAAAACAGUCUGCUCAUUGAGUUGGAGUAUUGCAACGGAGGAAAUCUGUACGAUAAGAUCAACCAACAGAAGGGGAAGCUCUUCAGCGAGGAGGUGGUCAUAUGGUACCUGUACCAGAUCGCCUCAGCAGUGUCUCACAUUCACAAGGCUGGGAUCUUGCACAGAGACAUCAAAACUCUGAACAUUUUCCUGACCAAGACUGACCUCAUUAAGCUCGGCGAUUACGGCCUCGCAAAGAAGCUAGACUCUGAGUUUUCAAUGGCAGAGACUUGUGUGGGGACUCCGUAUUACAUGUCGCCUGAACUGUGCCAGGGAGCAAAGUACAACUUCAAAUCAGACAUCUGGGCCAUGGGUUGUGUACUUUUUGAAGUCUUAACUCUUACAAGAACAUUUGAUGCGACGAACGCUCUCAACCUCUGUGUGAAAAUAGUCCAGGGAAACUGGACCAUGGAGGUGAACUCGGAGGUUUUUUCAUCUGCGUUGAUCAAGCUGGUGUACGAGUGUCUCGAUCAAGAUCCUGCAAAGAGGCCCACGGCCGAGCAGGUCCUGGACCAGCCGUUCAUCUCCUGUUGCCGACAGGAGCUGGAAGAGCGCGUUGCCUUACUGAAUUCGGCGAUAAGGAAACCAAAACUGAGCACAGUGACUGAGACCCCUGUUGCUGUGGUGACUACCCGUUCGAGGGAGGUGUAUUUCUGGGGAGGAGGGAAGUUCACUCCCCAGAAAAUGGACGCGUUCAAAGGAGGCAGCAGUGCUCAGCACGUGUGUGCAGGAGAGAGUCACUUUGCAGUGGUGACGGUAGAAAAGGAGCUGUACACCUGGGCUAAUGUCCAAGGCGGGGCCAAGAUGGUGGGCCAGCUGGGGCACGGAGACCAGGCCUCGUACCGGCAGCCAAAGAAGGUGGACAAGCUCCAGGGGAAGGCCGUCCGACUGGUGGCGUGUGGUGCUGACUUCACCGCCUGCGUCACUGAUGAGGACCAGAUGUACAUGUUCGGGUCAGAUUAUUACGGCUGCAUCGGAGUGGAGGGCGACAUGGGGAUGGAGAUUUUGGAGCCGGUGCUUCUGGAGUUUUUUGAGGAGCGGCACGUCCACCAGGUUUCAUGUGGAGACAAUCACGUGGUGGUGCUGACCCAGAACGGGGACAUCUACUCGUGGGGCUGCGGAGAGUAUGGGCGUCUUGGUCUGGAAUGUGAGGAUGACUUCUCUUCUCCGAUGCAAGUGGAGAUUCCCAAAGGCGCCACCAUCUCCUCAGUGUCAUGUGGCAGCGAUGGAACCUUCUUUCUGACAGAGACGGGCAAAGUGCUAGCAUGUGGACACAAUGAAUUCAACAAGCUGGGACUGAACCAGGGACUCUCUGGUCUCAAAAACCACCCCGGAGAGGGUUCCCAAGUGAUCCCGUACAUCACCACGCUGACCUUGGUGAAGCAGCUGUCACAUUUCAAGAUCCAGGUCAUAGCUCCAGGGAAGACCCACACAGCUGCCAUCGAUGCACGCGGUCGCCUCAUCACCUUUGGUUGCAACAAGUAUGGACAACUGGGUGUGAAGGACUUCAAGAGACACCAGGGCGUUCAGGUCCUCCUCGGACCGUUUGGAGGGAAGAUAGUGACCAAAGUGUCCUGUGGAGACGGAUUCACUAUUGCAGCCACUGAAGACAAUCAGAUCUUUGCAUGGGGUAACGCAGGGAACGGGAGACUUGGGAUGCCUGCUGAUAAGGGCUUUGGUUCAGAGGUUUGCCCUGCCAUGCCAAGGCCCAUCUUUGGCUCCCUCCACCACGUACCAGACCUGUCUUGCCGUGGCUGGCACACCAUUAUCAUCAUGGAAAAAGUGCUCAACUCAAAAACCAUCCGCUCUAACAGCAGUGGACUAUCAGUUGGAAGUGGGCUGGGCCAGGAGGCGUCGACAUCCACAGUGGAUCUGGACAUCGAACAUGGUUCUGAGACCGAGUGUCGCGACAGGGGUCUUGGGGGUACGCUGGAGGUCAAUACGGAGGGCUGCAACAUGGAGACCCCGAUGAUGUCGAUGACAAAUCAGACUGGAGACAGCUCCUGUCCUUUCUGGCUCAGAAAGGAGCUUGAAGAUGCAGAGUUCAUCCCGAUGCCAGACGAACAAGAUCCUUUCACUCCUGACCAGCUCUCUUCUUUCUCUGAGAGCGUUACUCUACCAUACGAGGAAUUGAAAGAACUUAAGGCUGCGGCAGCGGCAGUCAGCAGUAACACAGGCCUGUCGACUAAACGAAUGACAUGUGAUAAAGUCAACGGACUGACGGAGGCUGACAUCUGCAGAAGAGGAGAAUCGGGUGCAUGCUGCAGAGCCAGUAGUGAGGUGGCGCAGCUGCGAGAGACAAUCACCCAUCAAGAGAUGAGGAUCCAGAUGCUUGAAAAGCAGGUCAGUGAGCAGCAGAAGGAGAAUGAGAGGCUCUGGGAGGCCAUCAGUCGCUCUGCGCUACAGGGAGCCGGAUGUGACAGUAACGGAAACCAUCACUCCGAUCGUAUGCCCGGAGCUGGAGGAGGAGGAAGAAGAGGCGGAUUCACAAAUCACGGAGGCCGAUCUGCUGGGGCCAGCGUGUGAGGCUUAACCAGGAGACGUCCAGUUUUGGGAGAAGUGUCAGAAGCACAUAGUGGAUUAAAAAGAGCUGGUGGGACCGGGAGGUAGAGGCUCGGUGAGAGGUGCAGCGGAGACUGCAUCCUCAUUUCCACUCAGUGGUUACAUUACAGUAUCGAUGUUUAACAGGGCGCUAAGCUGCAUAAUUACAUUUUAUUGCAUAUGAAUUAAUGUAUCAUGCAUUGCACGCUCUCAAUGCACACUUGUUUUCACCUGGUUGCGGUGAUCUCGCAAGUUUUAGCACGGACUGAAAUGUUGGCUGGACUCAACAUGAAGCUUUGAACCCCAACACCCGAGAGAAGCAGUCUGCUCAUAGUGUUACGCUGUAAUGUGAAUGUUGGUGGUGUUGUUGUCGACUUCCAGUGAUGUCUGCAUCGAGGCUUCAGACCUGAGUGCCUUAAAUAUUAUCACUUAACCAGGUAAGACUAGCUUAUGCAAGCAGGAAACCGUUUCCUGAUGUAUCCAAAGUGUUGAGCUACGACGAGGUGGGCAGCCAGUAUGUUGGCAUCAGCUUUCAAUGUGAAAACAUACUGUAGCUUUCUUAUGUAUCACACGUCAUUUUAUCUGAUGUUCUUAAGUGUCAAACACAAUAGAUUUUCAUAUUUAUCAGACAUUUUAGCUAAACAUAUUUUCUUUAUCUCGUGCAAAUAUACAGUAUAUAUAUAACUAUAUAUAUACACUUUUAACUUUGCAUGAUUUGUUGUCACAUUAUUUGUGUAAAAGACGAAACUACUGAUUCUUUUUUUUUUUUUUAACAAGUUGGCGACUUUUUUUCCUCUUGCCUUCUUUGACUUUAGGUGCAGCACAUGUAGGUCUGUUUUCUUUGUGACAUAUAUGAACACUUGAACAGUUUUCUUAUGAAAUGUGGUCUUUAAGGCAUAUAUUAUAUAGUUUAUCUUGCAGCUAUAAUGUUAUUUUCUAUGUUUUUUCUUUCACCAUGUUGUCAGUCUUUGGUACUUUCUGAAUUUUUUUCUUUUGCCGUUUUAAUUUUUGAAAGAAAAACUCUUAUGUUCUUUGUAUUCGUUUGAGGUCUGUUUGGUUUGUUUAUUAUGUGUGUUAUCAGCAAACGUGUGCACAUAAAAUCCAUGCAUAGCCCACAACUCACGGUCAGAUGAGCUGUCAGAUGACGACACUGGCAGUGUUUUCAUGCAGUAAAAUGCAGCGUUAAUUCCAGAGUGCCUUAGCAAGCCAAUGCGUCUAGAAUUAGUGCAAACAUGACCACGUUGUGCCUUUGGGUGAACUUUUUAUUCAGUGUGUUGAGCAUUUAAGAAUAUGGUUUACUUCUUUUUUUUUUUUUUUUUUUCCAACCGUUUACCAAAUAUUGUGGAGCUGUUGUACAAACUGUGGUCUGUCACAGUCACACUGUUGCUUCAUCCUUUGUGUAUAAGCCAUAAAUAAAACUAGCAGCUGUCUUUUA